AUGGAAAAGCAAAGUAACGAAACAGCGUCACAAAAAGCUAAGCCGAAAAAAAGGAAGUCAAUAAAAGAUAUAGAUUUCGCAGAUGCGGGACCUUCAGACAUUGAUCAAUAUUAUAACGAUGAAACACUCAGAGAAGAAAAUUGGCCAGAUGAUUUAAAUUUUGAGAUGGAGACUUUAAAUUCUUUGGAAAAAUAUGAGAAUAAAGAAAUUUCAAAUGAAGUUAAAGAAUGCGAAAAUGGAAAUCCUCAUACCAAAACUAAAAAUAAAAGUGUGGGUAAAAAGAGUAAAGCAAAAGAAAAUAACCAAGGCUCAAAAGAAACUAAUAAGACUGAUGAUGACUCUAGUGUAGUAGGUAAUAUUAACAAAAAUUUAACAAAUACCACAGAAAUUGAAACACUACAAGAAAAUUACUGCAUAAAUGAUUCCGUGUUAGUCAGAUAUUACGUUAGAAAGACAUAG